AUGGAAUUUUCAGAAAAUCACUUGGGGAAUGACCUUCGGUUAACAUGUGAUUGUCAGCAACCUGCUGUAAGAAAGAUCGCAGGUCCCACGGCUAGAAAUCCUGGAAAACCUUAUUAUGUCUGCAAUCAAGAAAAUCGCUGCCAAUUUUUCGAGUUUGAAGAAAAAUCAAUAGAAAGGCUUCGAAAUCUUGGGGUAAUUAACGACAGUAAUCCCUCUCCCUUGCUCUUUAAUAUGAAUCAACCAAAUGUAGUCACGCGUUCCUCUGUCAAAAGGAAAGCCACUAGCGACGAUGAUGAUGAGAUUAGUUUUUGGACUAGUGCUCCCAAGAAUAAGGAUGCAGGACGUAGCUUGUUUGAGAACAAGGAUAAAACCAGGUCAGCACCAAAUGUCAUACAUUUUCAACAUACAUCACCUGGAUCUGGUAAUGGCUGUGGCAUGAAGCAUGAUCAUAAAUCUAUGGAAUUGUCAAGAGCUAUCACCGAACACAUGAGUCGACAAGAUCGACUGUUGUUAGCAUCUAAUAAACGAAUUAAGUUUUUAUUGGAUGAAUGGAACAGCUCUAAAGAUGAAAUAAAGCGCCAGAAACAAGAAAUAGAAUAUUUAAGGAAUAGAGUUCAAGAAAUGGAAAAUGACCAUUCUUCAAUUUCCCAGACGUACGCAAAUGAAUUAUACAAAAAUAGGAUAGAUCUAGUUUCCUCAAAUGCGUACAAUACUCAACUUCUUAAAGAGAUUGAAACUUUGAAAAAUUCGAAAGACCGACUUUCACAAAUAGUGUUGCGUUAUGAAAAACAAUUUGCGGAUGAUAAUGAACAAAUAAACAAUCUUGUCACUCAAAACAAUCAUUUGGCGGAUGCUAACAGAUGUUUAAUUCAACAAUGUUCGCUCACAAAUUCUCAGCCUACUAACUUUCAAGAUACUCAAGAAUUUAAAAGGCUCAGCGAAGAAAUUUUGAGCUUGAGAAGUCAUAUUUUGGAACUCGAGAAGAGUAAUGAUCUUUUAGGAAGAAGCAACGUCACCUGUCGUAAUGUUGGAAAUUUGGAAAUUGAUUCUGUCACGGCUACUAACGAAUACUCAAAUAAUGCUGUAAAGUUGGGUAUAGAUAAUAAUGUUAAGUAUGAGCCGAUUGAUUUAAAAUUUAGACCACUCGAAGAAUAG